AUAAAAACUUAAUCUUAAUAACGUGACUUUAAAAGUAUAUAUUUUUAAAACACAAAAUUAAAAUUAUAUUUUUUAAAUAGAGAGUUAGAAAGAUAAUUUAUGGUCAGUCUCAUUAUAAAAAUCUGGUUCGUAUGACUGUCCGGUUAGUGAAAUCAAAAUGGCGAAUAACUACGAGCAUUCAAAUAAAAGACAAAGAACAGACGAUGGCUCAAGAGUAAGUAACGGUAUUUAUGUAUACUCUUUAAUAUAUCUAUACUUUUGUCAAUAGAUUUUUAAAGUUCAUUAUAUACUGUAUGAAGUAAGCCUUAAGAGAAAGAAAUGAUCAUCUUCCCCAGUGCAGUCCGUACUACCAGGACUACCACAAGCCACAAGUUCAAUCUAAUUAAAUUUAAUUAAUUAUCGGAUAUUAAUCUUGGCUUAUGUGAUGUAUAACCUACUGGCUGCUAGCCGAUGUUGUAUUAAAUUAAAUACAUGAAAUUGCAGUUAAUAAUUUUCAACUAGUCUCCUGAUUUUGUGACUGUAAUUUCUUGUUACAGUAGUCCUAGUAUUAGUAUAGGUAGGCCUACUUGAAUACAAAAUUUAAAAAAAUUGAAAUAAUUUUUUUAAUAACACAGUUAGUUAGAGCAAAUUUCAAAUAAGAAAAUGAAACCAGAAUCAACUUUUUAGCUUACGUACUUUUUGAGCUACGAAUUUUUAAAGUGCGAUUUCGUUUGGUAUUUUUUACUAUGGAUGAAACUUCCACAUCUUGUGACCUCAUUCCGCUGAUCGCGUCAUGCGCAAUGACUAUAUACUUUAUAUAAAGCAACGCAUCGCCGUAUCACUAAAAUACUGUAUAGGGUCGACUUAGACUUAGUUUAAACUUUCAACUUUGGCACAUGAAUAAUGAAUUAAAGCUUUCCCUGACCAAUGGUAUAAUAGUUUUUGCACUCGGCAAACUCUCAUGAAUGAAACUCUGAGGUAGUACUACGAUACCACCAUUAUGCAAGUGGCUGUGAAUGGUUGCCGAUGACAACGUGUUGCACACAGUAAAUUCUGAUCAUUUAUAAUACGAAGUGGAUGCGUACACCGCGGCGGUGUACCUAGCGAAACCAUCGGCUUUGGCCUGCGUAAACCGCGGCGGUGUACCUAGUGAAAUCGUGGGCUUUGGCCUGGGUACACCGCGGCAAAAAUUUACCAUUGGCCUGGUUUUAAGAUAUACUUGUUGGAGAAGAUCUUGUGUGGUCAAGUGGUAGAGUGGACGCUUGGGGAUAAUAUAGUUUGAGAUCAAUUCUCAGUGGGAGAUCGAGUUUUUUUCCUCCCAUUUUAGUUUUAAAAUAUUUUGUAGCAAUUGAAACAAUUUAAAUAUAUGUUUAAAUAUUAUAUUAAAUACACUUUAUAUAUUUAUUUAUAUAUAUAAGUGUUUCAACAAGUUGUGCCGGCCUUUGACUUUGAAAAUACCGGUAACUUUAGUAAUAAGACUUUAGACAUUUGAAAACAAACUUAAAGUUUCUGAAAGCGCAUGUAAUACAUGAUGAUCAUGUAUAACAGAAACAUUAUGAAUACUAAGUGACUGAUAUUCUAUUGUAUUUCAACAUUCUUCGUAUAGUUGAAUAUUUACAUUUUACUUUUACGAACAACCAAAGAAAAUACCAGUAUGAAUAAUAUUCAUGCAUAUGAAUAUUAAUGUGCAUGGUCGUAUUUCAACCUUGAACCAUCUUGCUUUCACUAUGCCUUAUGCAUUGGCAAAAUGUACAUACGAUAUCAAAGGUUCAUUCACAACACUCAGUCUCACAGCAAAUCUUUUGAAAACACCUCGAUUUUAGAAACUUGCGGAGCGGUAGCAAACUGUAUAGCAAAGCCAUAGGUCUGCGUUUACCCUUUUCAUGACGUAAUUUGUUUCCAGAAUGGCAUGGCAUGUGCUAUUCUCAGGGUAAAACACGACGUUUUCUCACAGAAACCAUUGCACAAUGGGCCUGGGACAGGAUUUGCACUAUGUCAAAGUUUUUGUAUUUGUUGUUGUUUUUUUUUUUUUAAGAAAUCGAUCCUUGCCGGGGAGUGGGGGGUGGUGGUGAGUUAUGGGCAGAGGCUUAACCAAAAAGAGGGCAUUCACAAAUCACGGCUCAGGAUAGGGGUUGUCCACAAAGGACGUCCGCACAACCAACUUACCUUUUGCAUCCCCCCUCCCUCUGCCUGCAUUUUUUUUACUAAUGUGUAAUGCCAAUGUAAAACUAAAUCAAUGAUUUUUAAUUAUUGUUAAAAGACUUUCAAAUAACUGCAGUGUUUCGUAUUGAUCAUCUUACUGCUGUUUUGUGUUGACACAUGCUUGGUGUCACAAUGACAAUGCCUCGGACUACUUUAACUUCACGACUUCAUGAUCAAUGUAUGAGUAUGUGAUUCUCUUCCCGUAGUGUAUUUGUGGCGUAAUUAUAUCAUGGUGCUAACAAAAUAGAUACACUGUCUUCCCAUUCAUUUUUACACCAUGCCCCGAGGGAUCACAUACAAUGUUAUAUUUAUAAGGCACCCCCCCCCCCAAAAAAAAAAACAAAACAAAAAAAAAACCAAAACAAAACAACUAACAACUGGGUGGGGGUGGGCAUGAGAGAAUAAUUUCAAAUUAAGAUUCACAAUCAUAUGAUAAAACUUACAAUUAAUAAAUAUAUUUGUAUUUCAAGAUAUUGGGGGAGGGGGGAAUAAAGUGGUUAACUUUAAAAAUAAAUCAUGGUUUAACAUUACACCCCCCCCCAGCCCCUUCCCUUCCAAAAAUAAUAAGAAAUGCUUUACAUGCACUUUGCCACAUACGCGUGGACCUUACUCAAUAUCUUCCCAACGUAAUAAACGAAUUUUUAAUAGUUUUCAGUUUUAACACGAGUAUAACAUUAAAUCUACAAGUACCGGUUAGGCCAAAAAGUUAAAGACUCGCAAAGACCAUAGUUUGGCUACUGUAAAUCGCUGCGGUGUACGCAGGCCACAGACCAUGAUUUAGCUAGGUACACCGCCGCGGUGUACGCAGGCCAAAGUCAAUAGUUUCGCUAGGUACACCGCCGCGGUGUACGUAGUGCCGGCCUUUAUAAUAUGGACUCUACCGGGUUGUUAAAGCUCAAAUUAAAACAUUCCAGUUUAAAUGUCUUCAAAAUGCAUUCUGAAACACAAGUUAUCAAAUAUUUUGAUGUAAAUAGUGGUAAUAAAUUAAUAGUUCCUAUGUAUCUGCAACUUCCGCCAUUAAAAAGGGGGAGUGGCCCACCCCAUGACGAAAUUAGGUUGAGCGAACUGCAUGACCUGCUGCGAACGUUUAGAAACAUGGCGUCUCUCGUAAGACACAUAUCGCUGUGAAAAUUGGCAUAUAUGUAGAUCAAUACAUUUCCCAGAUGCAAAAAAAAAUUGGUAGUGAUAAAUCUUUUACUUGGACUUAAUUUUAAUGAUGAAACUUGCCUUAUAUUGACCAAGGAUUUUCUCAAAGCUGACUGAUUGUAAACGAAAAAGAAAUUGAUUAAAAUGUAGGUCAAGAUGUCUAUCAAAAUAUAAGGCCGGAAACGGAACUCAAAUAUAUGUCGAAAGUAAUCAUUUAAUAAUAAAUAGACACACAUCGGAAAAUUAAAAACUCAGAUUUUUCGGCGCCGAUUGCCACUUCCGAUACACAAAAAGUACUAGUCUCCCUUGAUUUACAGAAGUAUCUACCUAGUAUAUAUUAAUUAUUAUAAAUUAUAUUUUUACGACUGAAGUGGUUGCGUGCAUCACGGCGGUGUACCUAGCAAAAUAUGAUCUACACUUUCACCUAAAUAUUAGUUGAUAGCUAUAGCAGAUACACGUAUGGAGAACAAAGUGACAACAGAUAGCAAUAUAAACUUCAGUCAUGUACUUUUAGAAGUUAAAUUGUUUGACUUCAGCUUAACUGAUAAAGCUCAUUACUCUUAUGGGUCGAGAUUCCAUCUCUUAGGACCCUGGCCAUGAAACAUGGCCCAGUAGUCCCUAAGGCCAUGCAACACGGUCUCGAGUAGGGAUUUGGGCAGAAAUCUUCCAAUCAUUGGGGAGGAGUUUUUGCAUCACCUUGCCCAUUGAGUCAUUUGGUCUGGACGUUUUGGUUUAAACAGCUUUGCUUCCUCCCUGGGGAAGGUGUUACGUUGCCUCUCCCCACCGUCUAAGGAGCAGUACGGUCUGAGGUAUGGUAUAACUUUACUUCCUCUCCGGGGAAGUCUCGAGCGUAACUUCCUCCCACUGCCCAGGGAGUUGUCCGGUCUAUGGGACGAAACAGCUUUGCUUCCUCUCCGGAGGAAGGUGUUGCGUUACCUCUCCCCACCGUUCAGGCUUUCUCAAGGCCGCAUGUUUUUAAUCCUCGGCAAGGGUUUGGUUUUCACCCACGCCUCAUAUCCAUUAUCGGCGACACAUAAUCAUGUUAGCGCGCAACUUUCGUUGCGUUGGAAGUCAUGUGUUUGGCCGGGAUUUUUUUAGCUUUAGGAGGAAACCUCCCUACUGGUCCGUCACGCCACGAAGAGGCAAAAUCCCAUGUAACACCACCGAGCCAGUGAUGCUGAGCUUCAACCUCACAGAGCUCGGUCUCGGCCCGAUGGACAUAAGCUUAACUUGAAUAGUUACACUCUUAAACUGAUUAUAUUUACUGAACUGUAUGAUUUUAAUUUACUAUCGAGGUAUGGUAUUAGUAUUAUACGAUUUUGAGAUGACAUUGUACGAUUUUAGGAGUUUGAGGGUAAACAGGUCUGAUAUAGUUAAUAAAAAGAGCAGUAAAUUGAAGUUAUAUAAGGAAUUAAUGAAGGUAACCUAACAAACAGUAUAAUCCGUAUAACACAACAUGAACAAUAUUCUCCAAAAUAUAGGGUCAUGAAUAUCAAAUUGUUCGUAUUGAAAUGGGGAACAUCAAUAAGAUUGUUUACAAUUUACAAUAUUCAGAUUGUAGGAGUUUUUCUUGCAUUAGGGGGUAUCUUUCAUCAACUCUUUAUUAUUUUUGCUAAGUGUAUUAGCUUUUUAAAGAAGCCCCACAAUUAAAAUGACUAAAAACUGCAAAUAGGAUUAACAUUAUAGCCAUUUGAUUUGAUAGGUAUUUAAAUAAAAUAAUUUUUUGUGUGCAGCAUUUCUAAAGACCAAUAUGCAAAUCUUAACUUAAAAUCUAUUGAUUAUGAAGAUAAAACAAAUUUUUCUUCAUAUUUCCAUGCUACACAUGUCAAGUAGCAUAGACCAAACUCCUAAACAAGAAUAUUACAUAGGGGUGUUUCACUAUUUAAAUAUAGAGUUACAAUUAAAUAUUUAUUUUUAUGACUCCUUAGCCUUAGUUAAUAAUAUUUAAGUCAAAUAACUUAAAAUCAUUCUUUUAACAUUGUUUAAUAAUCAUAUUACUUAAGAUUUAAAAAUGAUUUGCUGAGGUAGAAAGGAGAACAUUUCUGCCAUCUUGAAAAUGGAAUCCAGGGAGGAAACAUCCAUGUGGUGACGGUUUUAAAAAUUUAUCAAAAUAAUUGGGAGUUUUAUUUGCCCAUUCUUUUAGAUCAGUGGUUCUCAGCCUUCCUAAUCCCGCAACCCUUUAAUACAGUUCCUCAGUUUGUGGCGACCCCAAACGCAAAAUUAUUUUCGUUGUUUCUUCAUAACUGUCCAGUAAAUGUGUUUUCAUAUGGUCUUGUUGACCCCUGUAAAAGGGCCGUUCGACCCCCAAAGGGGUUGGGACCAUGGCCCACAGGUUGAGAACCCCUGUUUUAGAUAAUAGGAUGCUUUAAACAGGGGUUAUGAAAAUCGCUACUGGGGGAGAAUGUAUGAGAAAUUAAACAGUGGACUUAGCUUACUUCAAAUUGAUACAUUUUUAUGAAAUAAUUCUUGAUUAAAAUUGGAAGACAGGUUGUUUUUUUUUUUUUUUGCAUCCAAUUCUCUUUAAAAUGAUAUAUCACACAACCAGUGACAACCUAUUUAACAAAGAAAUGCCCUCUAACCGCAUUUUUUCCCAACACAUGUGCAAUGUUUACAUUUUGAAGUGGACAAUAUGUUGUACAAGGGGCGCAUAACUUUGCAACAAUUAGACAGGCAUAAAACUGAUCUUACCCAAAUACCUAGUUUUGAAUGUUCUGCUGAUUUUUGGUUGAUGGUAAGAACAGCAAUGUUUUCCAUGGUAUAUAGGUCAUGGAGGUUCACCCAGGUCACCCUCCGCCUUCAGCGCCGUAUUCAAAAGAUUUCAAUAUUUAUGUUCACUGAAUGCAAGGAUUUGUUUUAUUUUAUAUUUUUGAAAUUGGGGGAGGGGUCACUCCACUCCCCAGAUGAUUUCUUUGUUUUUUUAUUUGGAAUUUUAAGGGGGGGGAGCAAAUUCUUAUGAAUGAAACAUAUGAAUGUAGGACUUGUUUAAAGGCCGGCAUAUGUUAUAGAAAAUAAGAAGUUAAUUUUUUUGUUGUAACACUUGAAUCUACAGCUUUCUUAAAAUACCCAGACCCGGUGUUUAAAAAAAAAUGUGCCGGCUUAGCCUUAAUCAAUAUUAUCUAAUUUCUAUCAACUUUAUCAUCUUGAGUCUCUUUUUGAAAAUUAUACAUUGGUGUAAACAAAAAAAAUUGACAAAAAUCUGGGUUUAAAGAAGCUAUUUUAAUUUAAAAGUUGCAUUUUAUCCAUUUAGGGUGAAAGUAAACAUGAUACAUUGUGUGUAGAGUCAUCAGAUUUUCUUGUUACUUUGGAUAUAAAGUUUUAAUGAAAAUUGCUUACACGUGCAUGGACAUGUGUUCCCAUAACUUUGGCUAGCAUUUUUACCUUACAUAUUUCACUUUAUAAAAUACACAAUUAAUAUUCAGUUACAAAGAAUGUGAUUGUUUCUAAGUAACUAUAAAUUAGGCCUUCACAACUUUUUAUCAUUUCAUUUUUUCAAGGAUCCAGAGGAUCGUUUUAAGCCUGCACCUUCACCUUGUGUUCAUGUGAGAGGUUUGUCAGAACAUGCUAUUGAAGGAGAUUUGGUGGAAGCUGUUCAACACUUUGGAACUGUCAGGUUGGAGUUAUACAUCUCCUAAACUCAUAUCCACCACAUUUUAAAAAGUUUUUAUUGUCGUACUUAAAAUAAAAUGUUUAUUGAUAUGAAAUAAGGAAGUUAUAUUUAAACUUAAUCUUUUUAUUUAUGUCUUUGUGACCAGAGAUGUAAUGAUGAUGCCAAGGAAACGACAAGCCCUUAUUGAAUUUGAGGUAAGAGUAAAAAAGAAUUACAUAGAAUUUAAAAAUAAUAUUUUAAAAACAUAAUUUUGAUAAAAAUUCCAAAGUAACUAAUUAUUAUUUCUUUCACUUCUUUCAGGACAUAAAUGGUGCAAAGAAUUGUGUUGAAUAUUGUCAAGUGAGUUGUUUUUUUAAAUCUGAGAUCUUACUAUAAUAUUUAUAUUUAACCUAUCAAAAACUCAAUGCACCUGAUUCAGACCUGUUUACUCUUACGAUUUUGCGUACAAUUUAUGAUUUUUAGAUGUCUCUUAAAAUUGAUCACAGAGUCCUGCCAAAAUUACGAUUUUCAGAGACCCCGUGAAAAAAAUAUUCAGGUAAUUAUUUCCGAUUCUAAAAAAAUGUAAUAAAUUUCGGUUGUGGAAGUUUUAGCCCUUUCUAAUAAAGAUCUGGCAGUGCAUCAAACAGAGAAAAAUGAUUGGUUGUAAUUUUUUUAAAAUUGGGACCAUCUUUCAUUAUAUAAUGUACGCACUGAGAGGAGAGGUGGAGGUUGUUGAUUAAGAUGAUUUGUGGCAUAUGAGACGCAUGGGUAGGGGGAUUGGUGGGAGUGUUAUAAAAAUAUCACAACAUAUCAUAUUGAUGGUGAUUAUUGUCAUAUUGUUCAGUGAAUAUUUAGACUACUAUCCCCUUUUGACUGCUACCAAGCAUGUGACGUAGUUUCGUUACAUAAUUAUUUUGUUCACCUGAACGGCUGCGAUUGUGAAAACUGAGAAAACUUGACAUGGCUUUUAAAAUAAAAUACAUUAACCAACUGUUCUGUUCUGUUGGAUUGGGACAUAUUUUAUAAGAUCUAGUCGGCAGCAUUUAAACAUUUUUUUUAGAACUCGCAAAGUAGCUCUAUCCCCUCAACGAUUUUAAUACAACAGUUUGGUAUCACUACUAUUACUGGUAGAUAUUAGACUUAAGUAUGUUAAUGGAAAAAAAUCGGGCGCCUAUUGGAGUCAAAUUUUUUUUUUUUUAUGAGGGUGGGGGAAGGUUGGUUCUGCCGAGCGAAAUAAUUAUGUCACCAGCAUGGAAAGACAAGCUGAAGGACUACAGUGUGUUGUCACUAUGUCAUGUCAAAUAUUACUACUACAGCGAUCUCUUUAUGGAAACACAAAGCAUUAGUAUACAAUAAAUGCGAAACAUAGUGGUGAUAUUUUUACAGCCUUAAUAAUAAUAGGCCUAAUUAGAAUUCAUGGAUUUCACAGAUUUUCAGGAGACAGUUGGCUCUAUAAGAGACUGUCAGGAUAAAUAUUGUAGAAUUUAUGCAUAAAUUUAGGUGCAUUCUGGUGAGACAAACACACCACCCCCCACCUCAGCUGUUAUAUGUAUCCUCGGCGCAUACAUAAUAUUCGGAUAGCCCUGUGUCCUUUAUGUUGACAAGGUGCGACUGGGGAAGGGAGCAUGAAUAUUUUAAAACUUUUAUUUUGCGUACCGGUAUGUUAUAUAAUUUUUAUAUAUGGAUGUCCCAUUAUCCAAACAGCUCUGGCGUUCGAAUUUGGCCAUAUUGAAGAAUGUGAACAUUGCAUGAUUUUAAUGUUACCGUUAAUGGAAUCGACGAUACUUGUUGUUUUCAGUACCGUAGUUUACUUUACUUAGUAUAAUAUGAUAUGGCCUCGACAAAAAGAAAGUCAAGCGAAACUAUGAUGAAGAAGAAACUUAUACCGAUAAGCAUAAGAUAAACAAAAGAAAAAGAAAGUUUAUCAGCAGAUAUUCUUGCUUGAACAUCGGAAAAAAUUACUGCGUUGCGUUCUUCAUCAAUCAUAGGCGCACCGCACACUCUGCAAGUCGGACUUUUCAUUAGCAAUCAAUCGGGGCAAAAGAAGUGGUGUUGAUUUAGGAGAUUUUGUGUGAUGCUUGCAUCUAAACAUUUAAAUCUAUGCAAUAACAUUUCCAUAACGACAGUUUUUGGGGAUGGGGGGUCCUCGGCAGAAAAUAUGUGCGUUAUUAAAAAAUGCUACAAUAUUUAUCCCGAAACUCCAAAAGUCCAAAAACAGCAUAUUUAUAUCUUGAAUGCUGUAAAAUACCACCCAAUGUUUAGUAGGAAUUAUGGUUGGGAUGUUGCCAAGAUGUAUUUUCACAAAUGAACUCGAUAUACUCAGAUGAGAAAUUACAGUAAUAUUUAGUCCACCGAAUUGUUCAGCGCCCAUGUGAAGUAUAUUUCAUUGGGCUUCACCAGUGUUUCUAAGGUUUUUGUUUCCCGGCGCCUAUGCAUACACUUUGAAAUAGCGAAUACAAAAAUAAAUAAAUAUAACAUGUAAGUAGAUCACUGAGCGCCAUCUGUAACUGCAAACAGUAGUUGCUCAAGUGGGUAACUGUUUGCACCAUGACCGAACGUUGUCACAUUGGAUUAAAAGUGAAAAUAAAAUUAUGAAAAUUUUGUAAUAUUUCGCAACGCCCUGUGGGGUAGCCACAGCCACCCAUAAAGAAAAAUUUGCAAACCAACCCCUUCAUUGACCUUGAUAGAACUGUUCUAAAAUUCAAUCAAAUUCAACUCAACAUAUAUUUAUAUAUAUGCCAUGUAUCAUAAAAAAUGCACAUGUCAGACUAAAUUCCUAAACAUGAGUAAUUUGGGUGUUUAAAAAAUAGUUAAUGUUUCAUUGUGACUAUUGAAAAUAUCAAUUUUUUAACUAAAAAAUAUUUUCUUUUCAUCAGCAAGGAAACUCGAUCUAUGUUGCAGGACAGCCAGCCUUUUUUAACUUUUCAUUAAGUCAAAAAAUUCAAAGACCAGGGUAUGUGAUAAUCCUAAUAUUUUUAAAAAUUCAAAUUUAUUACUUAUACCAAUGUACAAUAUCUGAUGUGGGUAUGCAAUGGUUAUAACUCAAUUUAAUAAUCAUUUUUUUUUAAAUUUCAGGGAAGGAGAAGAUGCCAGGCCUGCAAAUCAUAUUCUACUGUUCACAGUUCUUAACCCACAGUAUCCUAUUACAGUGGUAAGUGACCUCACUGAUUUUGCUUUAAAUUGUUUUGAUUUAGAAAUUACUAAAUUUUUAAAAAAUGUGGUUGUUAACUCUGUAUUUUAGCUCUGUAUUUUUAUUAUUGUAAAUAUGACAUUGUCAUGUUUUGCUUAGUGUACAUCAAGGACUAUCUCUUCUUUCAGGAUGUAAUGCACACAAUUAAUAGUCCAUAUGGUCAAGUACAGAGAAUUGUUAUAUUUAAGAAGAAUGGUGUUCAAGCAAUGGUCGAGUAUCCUUUUCAAAGUCUUGAUAUUAUUUCCUUAAAAAUGUGUUGUUUAACAGUUUUUUGUUUUUAAAGCUUUUUAUUUUCUGCAAUUACACAAAAGCAAGGCCAAUGCUCCUUAACAUAUCAAGGUUUGAUAAUGUGGACUCCGCUAAGAGGGCAAAGCAGUCACUUAGUGGAGCAGACAUCUAUUCUGGAUGUUGCACACUUAAAAUUGAAUAUGCUAAGGUGAGAAAAAACCCACCUUUUCUUCAUUGUUUCUCUCUGAAAAUGAAAUUAUCUGUGUAAAUUAUUACAACAGCAUUUUUAAUUUAUUUUUAGUUUGGCAAUAACAUGACAAUAUGUGUCCUCUGUUAACUUUUAAAAAUUAAGUACCAUACUUUUAAUUUGCAUGAGAUAUAUUCUUAAUUCUUUAUUGUUGAUAAAAAAUUGCAAUGGUGGUGAUCCUUUAAAAAUAUAUAAACCAUUUGUAAUAUUUGUUUUUAAUUACAGCCCACACGUUUAAAUGUUGUCCGAAAUGAUUCUGAAAGUUGGGACUAUACAAAUCCAGCCCUUGGAGGUAUGUAUAUAAUAAAUGGACAAGUUGUAAAUUUUCUGUUCAGAGUUUCAAACUUUUCUUUUUCUUUACACAUUGAUUUCUCAAUGAACAACAGGACAACUAUAUUAUGCAAAUUCAUGAAUCUGCAUUUUGCACCAACAUGAUCGUUUGGGAACUUUUUCUCUUUAUCAUUCCUGAAACAAAACCGCUAAAAGCAGCUGUGCACACACAAUUGCAGGAGUACACCAAUCAAGAUGCAAUCCUACAUUGGUCAAAGCCUUACCCUAAAUUGACAUCAAGAUACAUUUCAGUCUUUGACAUAUGGCAACUGGAUUAUCAGCACUUACUCCUACCCUGCACCCUUUCCUAAUACAAAACGGAUAUAAUUUGUUUAUUUUAAAAAGUCAAUGGGCCUUACAUUAUAAUGAUAAAUCAGAUCUUCAGAGAGCCUGCUGGCUAUAUACACAAGACCAUCGUAUAGUGCAUAUUCAUCAAACCAAUAGCAAACAUCUAAGAAAACAUUACUAGAUAACAAAUGGUUUAAUAAUUGGAAAGUGAAGUAAGGAUUUUUCGCACAAGUUGGACACAAGUUCAGUUUCUGCUUCAGCUUUUGUACACAUCUACUUGUUCAAACUUAGUUUUGCUCCACUCUUCCACACAACAGGACAAUGAAGCUUUACAAAUUCUAUCUUUCUGCCCUUCGAUACUGAACUUUUAUUGCAAAAUUCAUGCCACAGAGGAAUAACUUUCCCUAUGAAUUCCUGCUUCCUGACACUGAAAAGAAUUGCGUGUUGCUCACAUCAGUACUGCAUACAACAGGCCAGAACUUUCAGACUGAACAAAUUUCCAAGACAACCAAACUUGGACACCACACCCAUCUCAUGCAGCCAGUGACCAAAAUGCUCCAAACUGAAAAAAAAACAUUUUAAAAAAAGCAUUCACUCUCCAAGCAUUUUUGGUUGAUGCAUUUUUUGUCCGUCUCACAGAGCAAGCAAGGGCAUGUUAGGAGAGGGAUGUUGCUCGAUUUCUGUGUUCAACAGCAUCGCUUCUUGGCUCUGUUAUUUGAAGGGGUCGACGGUAAUAUUCAGCUGCAACUAUGAAAUGAGAAUACAGUAGCUUCAAUCCCUCUUCCCCUUCCAGUACUCGAUUUUGUUUUAGUUUUAUUAUUUUAAAUGUCACCUACCAUCCUAAUCAGUGGAUGAAGAGGAAUUAUUUGGUAAUUUAUUAUAUUUUUUUCCUUAUUAUAUUCUCCAGCAAUAAUUAAAAGUAUUUCUUUUUUUUUACCCUUGACAACCAGCUCUAAAAACCCAUUAUGCAUAUUAAAACCAUAAUAAUAAUAUAGUCUCUUUUUUUUUUUUAAACACUUGCUUUCCUGAUCUGGUUGUGGUUUAGACAAAUAGAUCUGUAAAAACCAAUGACCUAAAAUUUAAAACUUUUACUGCUUUACAAAUUUAUAAUUUUGUUUACACUUUCUAUGAAUUGCAAUGCUUACUUAUAUUUAAAAUUUGUGUGAAGUAGUAAAUAAAUAUUAAAUAAGCAUUUUUCUUUCCUUGAUUAAUUAUUGUUCUAUAAUUAUGUCAAAGUUUCAGUGCAUGAAAUACAUGUUCCACUUUCAUAUUCAAAUAAAGAUUUCACUUUUUUAAAGCAGCACAUUGAUUUUUAUAAGUGUAGUUAUUUCCCAACAAAUUCUUUGCACCAAAAGGCAAGUCAGUGUGAUUGCCUUUUUUUUCUUUUAAGUUGUGGGAAAAGAAAACACAUUCAACUCCUCUCUUCCAGGCAAAGAGGCACCCGGUGGCCGAGGACAACCUCUGCUACAAGAACCACGAUUUGGCUCCGCUCCAGCGCCAUACAGUAUGUUUUUUCAAAAUAAUCAUUAUUAUUCCUAGAAUACUUCCUCAUUUAUUUAAAUAAUUAUUUUAUUAUGGAGGGAAACAAAAAUCCAAAAGCUAAGUUACAUGCUGUGCGUGAAUUUUUAUAAUAUGUAAAGUGGAUUAUGUUGGUAACUAGUUUUAUUAUGAUGAAAUCUGUUCAGUUUAAAAAAUUUUAAUUAUUGCAUUUAUCUGUUAGAUGGACCUGCAGGUAGUGGUUUUGGAGGGGGCCAUGGUGGCGGACCUCCAGGUUUUGGUGGCCCAGGCUACUAUGAUGAUGGCUUUGAUGGUUAUGGCAGACCAGGACCAUAUGGUGGUGGUGGCCCGGGUGAUCGUUUUGGACCCAAAGGAGCAGUAUGCAUUUUAAAAUCCUAAAUACAUCUUUCUGAAAUAUUUUAUUUGAUAGCUAUAUUUAUUAUUCAUCUAUACUUUAAAUGAUUGGUCUUACUAUAGUUUUAAAAUAUUAUAAUUAUAUUCCAUUUCCAGUGGCCUUAAUAAGUUUUACUAUUUUUUCAACUAUUUGUUGUAUUCAUUUUUAUUCCCAUUCUUAUUCUAAUCUAUUUAUCUUCUAAGCCUGAUCGAUAUGGCCGUGGUAGUAAUUCCUAUGAAGGAGGUGCUGGGGCACAGGGUGCUGUUUGCAUGGUGUAUGGUUUGAACAUGGACAAAAUGAAUUGUGACAGACUUUUCAACCUCUUCUGUCUUUAUGGCAAUGUUGUCAGGGUAAGGAACUGAAAUUAUAAUUAGAUUUUGCCUAGCUUUCAUAAAAGAAUCGGUAUAUUUUAAAAUUAACGCUAAUAAAUUCUCAAUACUAAAACAUUUUAUUCUUUUUUUUUUACAUUUGAUUUCAAACCUGUUUAGAUGUUUUGUGUUUAUUCUUCAAACAACACAUUUUCCUCUUUAGACUUGCAUUAUGUAUUCUAAAUGAAAAUUUCAUAAUGAAAUUAAGUAAAGUUGAAAUAUUCCCCUUACUUCAUCAGAACAAUCAAUUUUAUUGCUGUAUCUCAGAUUUUAAGAAAGUUAUGAAUUUUGUAAAACUAUGGAAAUAGCAACAGUUUUAGAACACUCGAGUGUAUUUUGACACCAGCUAUCUUCUAAAAUAACGUUGGAACAUUGAAGUCUCUUGCACACUUAUACAGUUAUACAUUUAACAAACUCGUUUUUUUUUCAGCGGUGUCACAAAGGUGUUAAUUAAAAAAUUAUUCACACAAAAAUGAGCCAAAGCACAAUUUGAAAAAAUAUAAAAAAAUUAGAUGAAAAAUAACUUUCGUUUAUUUUUAAAUAAUCAUAAAAAAUUAACCAAAUGAAUUAUAAAUAUAACUUUUAGAUCACUGAAAGGGAAAUUUUAAGUUCAUUAUUGUGAAAUUUAGAGGCAGAAGAUUCAUUAACUAGAAUUAUCUUAACUUAGCAUAUUAACAAAAAAAUCUAAUUUUUGCAUUGUUAAAAAAUCACAGAAAAUUAACCAAGUAAGAUAUCCAUUCAGUCAUUACAAAAAAUACAAAUAAUGCUCAAGAAACAUUUACAAAAAAGGUCCUUUUAAACACAAAAUCGAAAUUUGCAAAUAAGGAUUGUAAGUUAAAAUUAAAUGACUGAGUAGAUAAGCCUAAUAGAUGAGAUUUGAAGUCUGAUGCCUUUAUUUGCAUGUCUGAAUUGGUCUGGGAACAUUUCCUUACACUGGUUUGAGGCCAAAUUUCCCCAACCCAUACAUCAACAGCCUGUGAAAAAGAAAAUUUUUAUUUGCAUUAAAUGUGAUUUUUAAUUGUAAUAGUUAUCAACGUAGCAUUUAUGAUCAUGUCAUUGCUAGCUAUGAAAUAAAAAAAUGCACAAAUAAAUAUUAUUAUUAUUACACUACUAAUGUGCAUCAGUGGCUAAGAUCAUGUUUUUGCUGACAAUCUGUCUUGGACUAAAGGCAUUGUUCUGAGUAUUCCUGUAUUUUUCCGCUAAUUGUAGCUAAAUUUUAAUGUCUUAGGAUGUUUAAAUUUGCAUUCACUGAAGUAUGAAAUGUUAAAAGUAAAACACAAGUUUAAAAGAUUUGAACUGUCUCCAAUGGGCAAUAUAAAUAUGCCUUCAAAAGUAGCUAGUAGCCCAAUAAAGCUCAUAUAGAUUAAUUUUGGAAUCUGACAUUUAUGAAAGGGGAUGAAACAUUAGGUACCGUAACUAAUAUUUUAAAAUGGCGUUAUAAUUUGCAAAAACAAGAAUAGACAUUUCAUCACUUUUUUAUGCACUCCGUUAACUAAAAUUAAAUACGGAUGACUUAAAUGCUAGUCAGCAUUUGAAACUAUAAGCUCACACAUAUCAACAAAUAUAUGAAAUAAAAGAAAUAAAAUGCUUUUUUAAAUGCUUUUUUAAAAUAUUAAAGAUACUUAAACGAAUUUUAAAGUCGCCUGUUAGCAUUUAAUUUGUUUUACAGCUUGCAAAAUUAUAUCACGUUUAAGAAAUAUCUCUACUUUUUAAAUCAGUUGCAUCUGAACGCACAUGUAUAAUGUAAUAUUUUCUCAAAUCUCAACAGCUUAUUUAGAAUACCUACUUGCAUAUUUAAUUUACCAUCCUUAUUAUUUGAGUAAUCAAAAAUGCAUUUAACACUUUAUAUAAAAGACUGGUUCUGAGAUUAAAAUUAAGAUAUAGAGUUUAGCAAGUUCAGAUGCUUGGUAAAUCUCUUAUUCCCAUCCUCUUUGUACAAGGGUGACCUCCAGUUUCCUCCUGUUUUAAAAAUAUAUACUUUUUGCAUACAUCUUGAUUUAUCUAUAUAUUUGCUGAAGCAGAUAAUUAGCAGAGGUGAUGCCCGAUAGAGCCCUAAUAGUUUUUUUAUAAUGUUCAGUUGAAAGAAAUGCUUAUGCAUAAUUUAUUUCUCAAGGAAAAUUUUUUUCAACAAUUUCAUCAAUCCACUAGUGUUGCAGGAACAUAUUGGGAUUUCCAUUGUAACUAUAGCUAUCUACACCAAUACCUUUAUCAUAACCAUUUAUUUACAAUUCCCUACAGAUCAAGUUCUUAAAAAGUAAAGAGGGAUCAGCUAUGAUUCAGCUUGGAGACCCUAUUUCAGUGGAGAGGGCUAUUGCAAAUCUCAACAAUGGAUUCUUUUUUGGGAAUAAGCUUCAGUUAAGGUAAACUUGGUCACUUUGAUGUCUUAAGUAAAUUUUAUAAAUAAAAAUAAGUUUAGUACUAGGCUUUUUAGUUUUUUCGAUUUAAAAAAUAAUAAUUAGAAGUAAAUUUUCGGUUUUUAACUUUUAACUUGCUCUCUAGAUCUACCAGUAAACUGAUGAAGAAAUACAAUUGGUUUGGACCAAAUAUUACGAUAGCCUCUCAGGGGGUGGUGAUGGUGUUGAUUUGGGAGAUUUUAUGACUGGUGUGCCGGGGGGAGGGGGUGGUUACAUUUUCAUAAUGAUGGUCAUAUUGUUGCUUUCACCCAUUUACUGUUUUUGGUAUUUAUCAGACUAUAAUAUAUUAGCGGGAAUAGGCUUAAUGGAUAUUUAUUAUUUAUUUUUUUAAAAAAAUAAAUCUCAAGUUACUUGCUAGGUUUUUUAAAUAAUGUCAUCAUUUGUUAAUUAUUUCUUAUUUAAAUACAUCUUGUUUUAUGCUGAUCUGACUUAGAGUUUGAACGAGGUUAAAUUUCAUGAGCAACUUUAUUUUUACCAGUGACAGACUGCGAUAGUGUAAUCUGCAUGUCUACUCAAUAUAAAUUAAUAUCUGUAGCACACUUUUUAUUUCACGCCCACGAACUUAUAUAAUAUUCUUAUGGUAGAACCACUUUUAAACCAAAUAUUUAUUACACCUAAUUUAAAUUGAGACGAUAUCAUUUUCGGAAAAGAAAAGAUUAUGCACCAAAAAAAUCAUUUAGCGUAGUUAUCGGGAAUUAUAUUUCACGCGCUAUCCAGAAAUGGAAGCAGUCACACCACAAGCAAAAUAUAUAUAUAAGAGAUUGUUUUAUUUAAAAUUAUUUUUGUGGUUUAUUUCAGUGUAUCCAAACAGGCUUUUCUUCAGGAGGUUCCCAACCCCCAUGAAUUGCCAGAUGGUACAUCUUCUUACAAAGACUAUAUGGGUAAUAGAAACAACCGCUUCACAAACCCUGAAGCUGCACAAAAGAAUCGCAUUCAGAGCCCUUCAAAGGUCUUGCAUUUUUUCAAUGCUCCGCCUAACAUAACAGAAGAGGAAGUGUUUGAGGUGAUCAACAUUUAAACAAUUUUUCUUAUAAUCUUUAGAAUUCUUAAAUAUAUGUUUGUGAAAAUUUAGUUUUACCACAUUUGUGAAAAUUUAGUUUUACCACAUUUUUACAAAUUAUAUCUGCGUGAAAUUAUAUAUUAAAAUUUUAUUAUACAACAAUGGAUCAAUUCCUAAAAAUUUUACUUUACAGUUGUUUGAUACAGCAAUUGGGAAGCGUCCUCUAAAAAUGAAACAAUUUCCUUCAAAAAGUAUGUAUUUGAACUUGUAUUUUCCAAUUACUGAUAAACUUUAUAAAAAUCAUUAAGCAUUAUUAUCAGACUGUAAAGGGUUAACUCAUUUUAAUAUAAAAAUUGUUAAUGUAGCUGUAACAUUCAAAUUAUAUGUUAGUUAUUUGAGGGAAAUUUAGGUGUACCAUAUUUUAUAAAAUAGAAAUAAAAUUAAUAUAAAUAGGUAUUCUAAAUGAGCUGGCGAAAUUUACGCUGCGGGGAGAAAAAAAAAUUUUUUUGGUCGGGUCGCGCCAGCUCGUAGCGAUAAUGUAUCGUUAUACCUGUGCGUUCAGUAACAACUGAUCUAGAAAGUAGAAAAGUAGUUCUUUAAUAUGAUGUAUUUUUUGGAGCUGUAAACUGUAAAUUAAUGCUAAAUAACGUUGAUUUUAACACAAAAAUAACACGAAAAUUGCGUUUUCUAUGUGAAAAAAUCACUUUACGGCCCUCAAAAAUAUAUAUUUAGAAAGGUCAUCCAAUUUACUAUAAAAUUGUUAUAAUUCCACGAACGCCCCAUAUACGAUAUCAGUGCGCAAACGCUUGGAACCAAGUCAACGCCGUCUGCUAAAAAAAGGUCCAAGUCGAUCCCGCCACGGCGAACUCGGAUCGGUCAAAGCAAUAUGCGAUGACAAAUUUUAUCUACGAUCUUCUUAAAUUUAGUGCCUUUUCAUGGAUUUUAAACUGAAAUAGGUAAGUUAAAACAUUAUUGUUUCGUUUGGGAAUGUUUAAAUUAUAUAGAAAGCUUAUUAUUUCAUAUAUUUGUUAAUUUAGUGUGGGCUUAUCGAUAACUAAUGCGUGUUUCUUACGCCUAGUGAAAAAUGAAGAUCAAGCUUUAUUUGAAAAUCAUCUGUAUUUAUUUUACGAUAGCGGAGAAAAAAAAGGAAACUAUAAUUAGUUCAAUGAAAUGUUUAAAUAUUUAAUGAUGUUUAUUUUGUAGCUAUGCAAUUUGUUUGGAAACUGCAGUAAAUCAUUGAACUCGGAUAAUAUAGUCGAUUCGAGCGAAGCAUUCAUGUUGGGUCGAAGCAUUAUUGUCGCUAGGGUGAACGGGAUGCUUUAAUUUUAGUGGAGUUCAUUUUUAAACCAGAAAUUCGAUAACUAAUCCAUUUUAUCAAUUAAGUUUUAUGGUAUGAUCCAUUAGAAAGUGUUGCAACGUUAAUUAUUAUUCUUUUUCUAAGUUAUAAAGCUAGUUUUAAAAAUUAGUUACCGGUACCUAGUGUUUCACCCCUUUCGUAAAUGUCCGAUUCCAAAAUUAACCUUACUCAAAACUUACCACUUUGCUUUACUAUUGUUAUAAAUUAUAUACGGUGUAUGCAUAUUUAUUUGGCAAAUAGGAGGCAGUUAAAAUCUUGUAAACUUUUGAGUUUUAAUUUUAACAUUUCAUAUUUCAGUGGAUUAAACUGAAAACAUCUUAAGACCUUGAGUGAGACAGAUAACAUUACAAAAGAACGAGAUGACUCGGACCACUUCAAAACAGAAUGUCAGUGGUCAGUAUUGUCAUCAGUCAUCAACAACAUAUUAGCGUAGGCCAUGUAACAGUACAGGUUAGUAGUACCACUUGUAAUAUCAUUAGUUUUAUGUGCAUUUUGUUAUUAUACUGAUAGUAAUGACAUGAUCAUAAAUGCUAACUUGAGGAGUAUUACAAUAAUAUUAUAAAUACAAUUUAAAAUUAAUGCAAAUUAAACAAAAUAUUCUUUUCACAGGUUGUUGGUGUACAUGUACGGAAAUUUGUCAUUAAACCAGUGUAGGGAAAUGUCUCAAGACCCAUACAGACAUGCAAAUAAAGGCAGCAAAUUGACUUUCAAUACUAAUUCAUAGUUAAUAAUUUUUCCUACAAAUUUUCCAGAACUUUUAAAAAUACAUAUAUAAAUUAACGUUUUUUAAGGUGCUGGAAAUUAUAAAUUUUCAGUGCAAAAAUACUAUACAAAAAUAAUAUUUCUUGAGCAGAAUUGUGUUUCCUAAACUUCAGCCUGUUGCUUUAUUAUUAAAAAGAUUAAGAUUUUCUACAAUACUGUGUAAAAUUUGUUAAGAUAUCUUGCCUCAUUAAUUUUUUAUGAAUUUUUAAAAAUCGAUGAAAUUCUUAGCUUUUGUGUACAUGCCUUGCUGAAAUAAUUUAUGUAAAUUCUUUUUUUGGUUUCACCAUAUGCCUGAUGAUUUCACAUUGUUGUGCUUUAAAUUACCUUUUACUUGACUCCUGUAUAUUUACAAUAGCUUGAUUAAUUGAUUUUUUAUGAUUUUUUGAAAAUGAACUAAAAUUGACUUUUUGUCUCCCUUUUAAUAUUUUGUAAAAUUGAGCUUCGGCUCAAUUUUGAAUGAAUAAAAAUUGUAUUUACAUUUAAGUGACAACCCUGAAAAAAAUUGAGUUUGUUAUAUGUAUAACUGGUUGUGUGUGAAAGAGAUUUGAAAGUUCUAACUUAGUUAUUUUAGAAGAUAGCAGGUGUCAAAACUACACUUUCCUGGCGUCUAAAAAUUGACCCUGUUCUUGAUUUUUUAAAAAUUAAUAACUUUUUAAAUUUUGGAGAUAGAGACUUAAAUUUUGUGGUUCUGUUUUGAUGAAGCCAAGCUCUAUUUAGAGGAAUAGUUCAAUUUUAUUUAAUUUCAUUAUGAAAUUUUCAUUUAGAAUACCUAAUAUAAAAGAAAAAUUAGACUUCUGAAACACUAUGUAAACAUUUUUGUAUCACAAUGUAAUUCUUUUUUUAACCCCAAGCUGAGCGAAGUUGUACCGGUCUUGUGGAGUUUGAAAGUAAAGCUGACGGUAUUGAGGCUCUUGUCAUGGUUAAUCACACGCCCAUCAACAGUGCAGGUAUGUAAUGAAAUGAUAGCGCAUACUUACAUUUUAAUUUGAUUAAUUGUGUGUGCAUAGCUGUAGCUAUAAUUAAAAAUUCUCCUGGUAAACAUUAGGAUUUCAAUGUCUUGACAUUAAAGUAAGUGCUAGAUUUCUAAAUUCCAUUUUUGUCCCCUUUUAGGAGGGAAAACUCCUUUCAUCUUCAAGUUGUGCUUCUCUGCCAUGCCCCUGUCCAACUGAGAAUCUCAAGCUGGAAUGUUUGAAUAUUGUGUAUUUCUUGUGACAUUUUUUAUCAUCUUUGUUGGGGAAAAAUACAGACAUAUUUUAAUAUAGAUGGUUCAUAUUUGGGAAUAUAUUGCUUAAGAAAGAUGACAACACUGGUGUUUCAUUUAGCAAUUACUUUUUUUUUUAAUUAAAAAAAAAGUAUGCCCUUUUAACUAAAGUAUGCUCUUCAAAAUGAAAUGUUUUAUGAUGCAGAAAAAUAAGUAAACAACUGUUAUUUUUUUAAGUGAAGUUCAUUGUAUUAUUUAAGAUUAUUAUUUAUGUUGUAAUAAAUGUUUCACUUAACUAAGUCAAGUCAAGAAACAAAUAAAGCCAGUUUUAGAAAAUAGA